AUGGUCGGUGUAUUGCAUUGGCAAAUGCAAGUCAUGCUGGACUAUUUCAAUGAGCCAGAAACAUUUCAUUGGGCUACGUCGCCGUCAAAUGUUAACGCAUUUCAUAUAUUCCAAGCUAAUGCCAUAAGUAAAGCACUUAAUUACGGUUCAAUUGGCACCAUACUGGGUCAUGAGUUGACUCAUGGUUUCGACGACAGCGGUCGUAUGUUUGAUAAAAACGGAAAUAUGCUGCAAUGGUGGUCGAAUGAGACAAUCAACGAAUAUAUUAAUCGAACAGAAUGCUUCGUAGAGCAAUAUAAUCGCUAUUAUCUGCCGGACAUUGAUGAAUAUAUUAAUGGCGAAUUAACUUUAGGCGAAAAUAUCGCUGAUAAUGGCGGUAUGCGUGAAGCAUACCACGCGUACAAAUUGCAUAUAAGGAAUAAUGGGAGAGAGGUCAUGAAACUGCCUGGCUUGGAACAUUAUACACACGAACAAUUGUUUUUCAUAUCAUUUGGAAAUUUAUGGUGCGAAAGUUACACUAAGGCUGCCUCUCGGUAUGCUAUCGAAGAUUCUCAUUGCCCGGGCAAGAUACGUUUAAAAGGUGUACUAACAAAUUCAAUAGAGUUUGCUCGAACUUUUCAAUGCAUAACGGGCACAACCAUGAAUCCGGAUGAUUCGAAAUGUCGCAUAUGGUGAAGGAAUACUCCGGUUGACUUUCAACUCUUUAGGCUAAUAAGUGUACGCGUAGGUGAAAUAUUUUUUAAAUAAACCAUUUCUUUGAUAAUCAUUGUUCGUAUAUUUUUACCCAUCUCUUAAUUCGUUUUUCUCGGCUUCAUUUCAAUGUAAAAUGAACCAAAUAGAUUUUUGCUCUUAACA